GGCAGAGACCACAAAGUCCCCAACAGCAGAGCAUGAGAACAGAAGCGAAAACUACCGGAGAGCAAAAUAUUCACCCCAUAAAUUACAUUUAAAUCUCUUAUUCCGCACCGGUGUGUGUGUGUGUGUUGGCUAUCUCACCAGCGCCAUGUUUAUCUCCUCACAAAACUCAGCGCCCUGUUUCAAAGAUUUCACCCUCGUCAUGCCAGCAGUGGCUGUUGGUAACGUGGGCCAGCUGGCUGUGGACCUCAUGGUGUCCACUCUCAACAUGAGCAGGGUGGGCUACAUACACACAGACUGCCUCAUCCCCAUGGCCGGGAACAACCCGUACGCCACCUGCAAAGAGGACGCUGAGGAGCUCCACACUCCUGCAGAAGUUUACACAGCAGCAGAACUGAAGUUGGCUGUUCUUCAAAUCAGGGCACCCAUUGUUCAGACCAAGUCCAAAAGGUUCAGUCAGCUUCUUGUGUCGUGGAUCAAAGCCAGCGGGUUCUCCAGGACUGUAGUUCUGUCCAGCAGCCACGCCUACCAGAGGGACGACCAACAGCUGCAAGGCACUCCUUUGAGGUACCUGGUCACUCCGUCCCUGCUGAAGGGGAGUGAGGACGCGUUGAAAGAGCUAGGCUGGAGGGAGAUGGAGCGAGUGCCGGCCUUUCCAGGACUGACGGACGCCAACACAGAGCAACGCCUCUACAUUCCUGGAGGAGGCAUAACCAAAGGACUCUACACAGAGAGCUAUGCAGAGGAUCUCCCACUGGCUGUGCUGCUGCUCUUCUGUUCAGAGGGCGACAACAUCCCAGAUGCCUUCACGCUCGUCAACCACCUCAACGACUGGCUCCAUCUGCUGGACAAUCCUAGCCAAAAGCCCAACAAAUGGAAGAUCCCAACAUCCUGGAGUCUUCUCUUUGGCAGCGGCAUCCCUCCCGCACUGUUCUGAAACACACAUAUUUAGUUUUUUUGUAGCUCAUAAUUAGCUUCUGUGGCCUCUGUGCUAUAACAUCUCUGCAUUUUUGAGAGCACUGUGGGUUCUUCACUGGGGUCAAACCUGGUCAGUGGAGAAGACGGGUGUUGUGUGUCGUAAGCUUAUAAUACUAAAGGACUCUGUGCUUUUAAACAAUGUAUUAUAUUGAUUUGACUUUAAACAUAGUUGUAAACUGACCCCACAAGAGCCCCACCCACCCCUCACUCUUGGACAUUUAUUGUAGUUUCCUUUCAUUUAGAUAAUAAUCUUUAGAUGUACAAACAUUGCAUCUUGUACAAGAAUUGACCCAGAUGUGCACUUCUGGAAUACUAUUUCCUAGUAUUGCAGCAUUUGAAUGCGUUUUCCAAUAAAAGACUGUUGCAAGAA